AUGCUUGAAAAUGAAGAGUUUCGAGAGGAUGACCCUGGGCAGCCAAGCACACCACGGCGACCGUCAGGCAGCAUAGGACAGCAGCAGAAAACUCUGGCAUCCUACUUCCAGAGCGGUGGGCGUCAUCGCGAGUCUGCGCCAGCUUCAGACAUUCCGGUGACCCCUGCUGUCGCUUCAGAAAAUCAACAUGCUCAAGACCAUGAAGGAUCUGUGUCAAGCACCACCACCAUCACCACCACACUCAGCCAGGAGGAACAGGAAAAGGUAUCUGUGCCCCAUGCCCUCAUAUGGCAUUAUUUUAUAAAGAUAGACAAGAACCAUGGCAAGUGCAAAUUUUGUGAGAAAAUUUUGAAUACACCAACUGGUGCAACCACUCUCCUAAUUCGUCAUUUACUUCUGCAUCCAAGUAGUAAUGGAGAAUAUAUAAAACUCCAGAAGUAUAAAGUGGCCCAAAAAAAGAUCUCUGCUUCCAAAAAGUCAGAUAAAAGUAACAAUGCACCAUCCGUUAAGAGUUGUUUAUUUCCUUUGGACCCCAGAGGACAGAAAUCUCAAAAUAUCACAAAUGCAAUUGGAUUAUUUAUUUGUAAGAGUCUGCAACCUUAUUCCGUUGUUGAGGAAGAAGGAUUCACUAACCUAAUGCAUCUGCUAGAGCCAAGGUACCUUGUUCCAUCUCGGUUUGCAUUCUCCCGUACUGUUAUUCCUUCAAUUUAUAAUGAUUUAAAGAAAAGACUUCAGGAGAAACUAGAUGCAGUACGGGAUGAUCUUGAAUCAGUAUGUUUCACCACUGAUGUGUGGACCUCUCGAAAAUUAAAAUCAUUCCUUGCAUUUACCAUGCAGUUUAUCAACAAUCAAUUUGAAAUGGAGAGAUUUACAUUGGAGUGUCAGCCAUUUCCAGGGUGCCACAAUGGUGAAGCUAUUUAUAAUCGUAUGCAAGAAAUGAUUAGAAGCCUUCAGUUGGAAAGUGAGGAAAUUGCAAAAUAUAUAAUUUCAGACAAUGGCUCUAAUUUCCUUGCGGCAUUGGGGGAGCCUACAGAGGGAAGGCGAAUAGAUGAGGAAAUUGCGGAAGUUUUAAGGAAUGAAAAAGAUUGGGAACAUGGAAGAUGCUUUAACCACACAGCUCAACUUGCCAUUAAUGAUGCGAAGAAAGAAUUAGGAAUUAACAAUGUUAUAGAAAAAGUAUCACAUAUUGUGAGGAGAUAUUCUAAAAGUAAAAAUGCUGUGGAACUAUACGAACAAUUUCAAAAAGAGCAUGGCCUACCAAAACAUGAACUGAUCCAACGAGUAAAAACACGUUGGGAUUCUGACUUUCGCAUGCUUGAGAGGGCUGUGGAGCAGAAGGCUGCUAUUGUCAGUGAACUAUCAGCUGCAGGGGAAGAAAAUCUAAGUGCUGUGGAGUGGAAGCUGGCAGAGGGCUUCGUAGAGGUGUUGCGCCCAGUUGCCAAUCAUACAGCUGAGAUGGGGAGUGAAACAGGGCCCACUGCCUCAAUGAUUUUACCUGUUAUAUUCGAAAUUGAAAGUGAAUUAGAAGAUUUUAUAAGAAAAGCACCCAGAGGAUCAGGAAUACAGUUUGCAAGAAAAUUAUUGGCUCAUAUUCAAGCUAGAUUCUUACAUUACAAAACAAACCUGACCUGCAAGACUGCUAUGCUCGUCGAUCCAAGAUACAAGGAUAUUUUGCAAUCUGACAACUGGGCGUCAACAGCCAGAGAAAUUUUAGAGGAGAAAGCAGAAGAAAAAUAUUAUUCCAGAGUGAGGAAAGGUUUGGUAUCCUCAACUGACAGUAGUCGAGAUGAGUCAGAAGAGCCGCCAGCUAAAAAAGGAAGAUGGAAGUUUUUACAAAAAAUUAACAACAACCGUGGCUCAACUAUUAAUUCAACUGCAACACUCAAGAAAAAGAUUAAAGAUGAAGUUGAGUCAUACCUUUCACUUCCAACACUUGAAGCAGAUGAAGAUCCUCUUGUGUGGUGGAGGAGUAACCAGAGUGUUUUCCCAAAUUUAUCUUUAGUGGCAAAACAAUAUCUUGGCAUAGCCGCUACUGAAACUGCUUCUGAAAGGGUAGCCUCUGUUGGGUCCAACACCGAGACUUCUAAGAGAACCAACCUUUCUUCUUCCCACUUGUCUCAAAUAGUUUUCUGCCAUGACAAUGCUGUUAUACCACAGCACAAUAACAGAAGAAAAUAGAAAGCUAAUGUAUUCAAAUGAAAUGUCAUGUUGUUAGUGUAUAUUUUAAGCAUAUUUCUAGUUUAAUUUAAUGUUCUCACUCUGAUCUCUCUUGAUUCUUUUAAUAGAUUUUUAGAAUUUGCAAGCAUGUUUGUAUUUAUUUGUGUAUUUUAAUUGAGACCAUGAAGUUUGUCUUUAGGCUUGGAACAUUUUUAACCUUGUAUUCAUACUACAACUUUGCAAUAACAAGCAUGACUUUUAACCUUGUAAUCAAACUAUUAUGUGUGUCUAGG